UGUUUGUGCUUUGAUCCAGUGAAGUCAGUUAACUUGAAGCAAGUUGUGAACGUACAUUAUUUCGAAGAGUGCACAUUAAUUCUAUAAAAAAUAUAUUUAUAGUACUUAAAGUGUUUUGUGAUUAAUUUAUUAGAAAAAAGUAUUUGUGUUUAGUGUUUAUAUUAAGUGAUUAAAGAUGCCUAUUCGUCGCAGUCAGUCAUUGGUAAAAUGGAUCUUCGAGAACCAACACAAGUUGCAGACGGUACGUUAUUGUAGUUCUUCGCUCCGCUAUAAGGAAUUGGAAGAGAAUGCGUCGCAAGCACAGCCCGAACACGUGGCGCCCUCUAUGGCCGCGCCCGCUGACAAGCCCCGCCCACAAAUUACGCCUGAAAUCUCGUUCAAGCAUGAAGACUUACAAGUGAGACUAGCAGCUCCCUACCAACUCAACCCGAAACCCGAAGCCACGGAUCUUGGAUUCGGAAAGUUUUUCACGGAUCACAUGCUCAAAAUAAACUAUUUCAAACAACUAGGAGGAUGGCAGAAACCAGAAAUUAUGCCGUUUGAAAACUUAAGCAUUCACCCAGCUGCCAAAGCCCUACAUUAUGCGAUACAACUAUUUGAAGGACUAAAAGCGUACAGGGGGGUCGAUGAUAAGAUACGAUUGUUUCGGCCGGAGUUGAAUAUGGAAAGAAUGAACUUAGCGGCGCAGAGGUCCGGCCUGCCAACCUUCGAUGGAGAUGAGCUCAUUAAAUGCAUAACUAGGCUAGUGCAAAUCGACCAGGAGUGGGUCCCUCAUUCAGAAACGUCCACUCUAUAUAUACGACCCACGUUAAUAGGAACUGAGCCUACGUUUGGUAUAAUGGCCCCCGAAACGGCGCUGUUGUUCGCAAUUCUCAGUCCAGUAAGUGCGUACUACAAAACUGGUAGCGACGGAGCUGUCUCUAUAUACGCGGACCCCAAUGUAGUGCGGGCCUUCCCAGGAGGAGUCGGCAACCGAAAAGUUGGUUCUAAUUAUGGACCCACGAUCGAGGCCACGGCUCGAGCAGCUAAACUGGGUCACCAUCAAGUGUUGUGGUUGUUCGGACCGAACCACGAGCUCACCGAAGUCGGCGCGAUGAACAUAUUCAUAGUUUACAUCAAUGAACAAGGAGAUAAACAGUUAAGUACUCCGCCAUUGAAUGGUCUCAUUUUGCCUGGAGUAACUCGGCGGUCUAUCAUAGAGCUCGCCAGCCAGUGGGAAGAUUUAGUCGUAAAGGAAGAAGUCAUUACCAUGGACAGGGUAAUCGAGCUGAACAACAAAGGACGGUUGUUGGAGAUGUUCGGCGCGGGCACGGCUGUGGUGAUCAGUCCCAUCAGUAGGGUGGGCUUCCUGGAGCAUGAGAUCCGAAUCCCCACGAUGUCGCAGGCCCAGCCGGUGUACCAGCGCGUGAAGGACACCCUGCUGGCCAUCCAGUACGGGCACAUAGAGCACCCGUUCGCCAAGGUCAUCUCGUAGUGCCGGCCGCGGCUCGGGCCGCCCUGCUACCCGACACUCACUAUUUGCUAGUACGUCGCUAGCCGACGAGUUAUGUGAAUAUACAUAUCAAAAACUGUUCUGUGCUGAGAAAUAAUCAGAAAACUUUCUGUGCCUAAAUGUGUGGACGAUAAAUUAUAUUAUUUAAAUGAUAACGUUUAUUGAUAAGUUAAGGUUACAUUGAACGGAGAAGCGGACGAUGUGUAAAUGCUGCGCAUUUGGAAGCACAAGAACUCGCCUAAUUAUAUUGUUAUCGUUAGCGCUAUCAGUGUGUACGUGUUUAUUUUAUUUAUUUAUUCACUAUCUACUAUCUUCGGGAGGACGUCAAGUAAUUGGUAUAUUUCACUUGGCCGACACAUCGGCCGAGUACGAAGUGAAGUAAACGCGGACAUUCUCUGACUUACUAUAGUAAGUUGUAUGGUGCUACUGUAUACACUUAGGAAACGUAAGCCAUCCAAAUCAAAUUAUGACUGUAUUAAUUAUU